AUUUUCUGUCACAUUAAAUAUUCUUCACCAUCCUCAUGUUCGAUUCCCAAUGUAAGAGAGAGAAGAGAGAAUUGCAGAGAAGAUAGCUGCUUCCAACAUCUCUUGUCUGGUAAUUUAAAACUCAAGAACCAAAAACAGACACAAAAAGUAACCCAAGUUUAGAUUCAACUUAGCCACUUGCUUGGGUUUUUGAUCCAUCCACCAUUCUUCUUACAAUUUUUUCCUGUCAGUCCCAUAUUUACUGUACAACGUUUAAGCUUAACAAAAAAAGUUGUAAGACUUUUUCUUACUCAAAAUGGGAAGAGACUGCGGCAUGUUCGAUGACGGCCAUGGCAGUGAAGGUGGUGGCCGCGGUGGAGCCUUCUCUUCCUCAAGGUCAAAGAAAACAGCAAAUGGAUGCAUGGCUGCUUUUUACCACUUAUUUGAUUCUCAUCAUCAUCUCACCAUUGAUUCUCCUUCAAGGUCAAAAGGUAUAUACUCUUUCUUCUCACAAAGCUUAAGUUGAAUUUCAUAAGCAUAUAUUUGUGUUGGUUUUUGAGAAAUACGUAAGUGUUGUUGUUCUUGUUGUCAUUGUGAAAUUUGCAGGCUUGAAGUUGAUGGAAGAGUCUCUACCAUCAACAACCUACAAAGACAAAGAAAUUUCGAACAUUCCAGUAGGCAUGAGAGUGAAAACAGAUACAGGGACAAAGAGUUCAAGACUCAGAGCUCUUGUGACUGAUAGUUCCACUUCUUCAUCUGAAAUCUGUAACUCACCAGGAAGCAAAACACCAAACUUGGUGGCUAGACUAAUGGGUCUUGAUCUUCUUCCUGAUAAAACUGACCUUAACCAUUCACUGUCAGAUCUUCAUACCAUGUCAAGUCAUCAUAUCACAAGCCAUAGACUUUCCAAGAAAGGCACACGAUCUUUACCGGUUAGCCCUAGAAUCUCCUCUGCUCGGAAAUCUGAUUUCGACAUUCAUCGCCUCUCUCUUCAGCUGAACAGAGAAAAAGAGUUUGGGCGUUCAAGGCUGAAAGAAGACCAAGAGGAGAGUCACAGUCCAAGAGAUUACGCGAGGCAGAUAGUUAAACAAAUCAAAGAGAGAGUCGUCACAAGAAGAGUCGUCGGUAUGGAUAUAACAAACUCGGUGAAAAACAGAGAAGCAAGACCAUCACACGAGCUUAGAAGAGACACAACAGUUUCUUGUUCACCAAGAACUAGGUUUUCAGAGAAAGAGAACAAACAAAGCACCAGUCAUAAACCUAAUUCAUCAUCUUCUUCCAGACCAGAACCGAUCAUUCAGAAGCCAAAGCCAACACCAGUGAUUCUUGGAGAGAAACAGAGCCAGAACAGAGUAAAACAAAGGCAACUAAAACCCAUCAACCUGUGCAAGAAGGCAGAGACUGAAACAAGACGUCCCAUAAAGCCUUCUCCAACAUCAGAUAUUCGAAACAGGAAGCGAGAGACUUUCUUGUCUGAUUCUAGAGACGUGAAAGCCAAGCCUUUACACAAGAUCAAGAAGUUUAAGAAGAUACCAAAGUCAAAUGAUCUUGAAAACAUCUCUGCCACAAGACCUCCUCAUCAACAGAUUAACGAAAGAGAGCGACUAAUAUCGAAUGAAGCAGCAUCGAUACGCUCUAGUUCGAUGCACAAAACCGAGAAGAAUAGUCCACAAGUAGCGAGGAAUCACAAAUUCGACGAUGCAGCCACUGAAAUCAAUUCUGAACAAGACUAUAUCAUAAGAAUAAUGAAUCUUGCGGGAAUCAAGAGUGACUCACAAGCAAUGCUCGAUCUUUCGAUUUUCCGCAAACUAGAGCAUUUUGGAGAUUAUCCAUCAGGAACAUUGGCUCUAGGAUGCAAUCGUAGGCUAUUGUUCGAUCUAGUGAACGAGAUUCUGAUUGAAACCGUGGCGAAACGACGCGGAAACUAUCAGGGAUCGGAGCUAAUCAGCGAGCUCUGUUCCGCUGUAGCGAGAUAUAGUACUAAGUGUUAUCCAGUUCCUGAAGAGAUUGCUUUAGUAGACGUGAAACGUCUUCUAGAGAAGAAGAAGAAGCUUGAAGAGGAAGGAGAAGAGAUCAUCGUAGAGAUUGAGCGGGAGAUCAUAGACGCGCUUGUGCGAGAAACUUUGUCCGAAUUAAGUCUUAACAAGAGAUCAAACAAAACGACGUCGGACGGAAAGUUGAAUCAUUAUGUACUAUUAGAAUAGUUUCUUUAUUGGGCCAUUUGUAUUAUUUCUGUAAUUCCCACAUUUGUGUUAUUUGUAUAAAAACAUUUUCCUCAAAACCAAAAAAAAAGAAGAUGGAUUA